ACUUCUUCGCCUCCGCUUUGUUAUCCAACAUCGUGUAGAUAAUUGCCUGCACAGAUCGAUACAUGUCGGCAGCAAACCGGUCAUCUCAACCGAUCAGCCCAAAAACAGUUUUAAGGUUUUUCAGUUAAUUCUUACAAACCUUGUAUAGAGGGAACCGACCAUCUGAUGGCAAACGUUGAUGUUCGUUCAAAGAGUUGCAUUCCAAGGCUUCCUUAUACUUCCCCUACAUUAACACAUCAUGAGACUAAUACAGUCAAAAAAUGGUUCUAGUAGUAAGGCACAUAGUUCAUAUGUGGUUUCAAUUUUUACAGCCAAGUAUUCUGGAGACUGCCCUGAAUAAUGUAUCUACACCAAAAUCUGCAGUCAUAAAGAAAGGAAUCGAUCUUUCAAUAUCCAGAUGCAUUGAGGAAAGAAGUAGUUCCCAGUCACCUGACAUAUGAGAAUCUCAACCAAAACCAUCCCAACGUUGUAGGCAGGCUCAUUAUCCUUCCUGUUCUUAUACAGAUAAACUGCAUCCCGCAGGAAUUUGACAGCAGCUUCAGAUUGACCAUGUGCCAUCAACUUCACUGCAUGCAUCUUAAUGGGGAUAACUUCAGCCGUGGAAGGACUAUAGGGCAACUCAAACUCCACCUGAAAUGGCUCAACUUUGCUGGAAGCCAUCAGCUUAGGCACAUCUAACAAAGACCUCAGCGCUGUCCUCCCUCCCAGUGAGUAUCCUGCCCCUCCUACCGGCGACGAUUGUGGAGCCUUUUGGUACAGUUCCCUCGGCCCAGCCAACGCUACCCGAUCCCUCCUCAUCAAGCUUACGCCGAUGAUGCCAACACCAAGAGCACAAGCCAAAACGAAUGAUCUAACAACCUCCAGUUUCCCCUCAUUCCCAUCUCUGCAUUUGCUCUGUUUUUUCUCAUCUCUCCACGGCAUUGGCCACUUCCCUUCGGCGCAGACAAUUACACGACCUCUUAACCCAAAUCGGCAUCGGUGCUUACGAGCCCUGGAAAAUGACCGAAAUGAGGCAUGAUCGUGGCCAAGGCGGAAGUGAAGCUUAUGGUUGUUGUUUGGGAUUGCGGCUCUAGUAAGCUUAGCCGCGGGCGGCAGAGGUAUGUUGCUGCUAAGCCCAUUUUGCACUGUACCCGCCAUGGGGAAUAGCCAAAGAGGUAAAUCUGAAUAGGAGGUUUUGGGUGUCCACUAAAAAAACCCUAAGUGAUAAGAGCAGGAUCGUUGUUUUGGAGGGCCAUUGACGGAUCAAUUGAGUUGGAAUCUACUUGCCUUCCAAGUUGUCCAAGGUAUCUCGUUUGCUUUUUUCCAUUCUCCUGGAACUUAACCAGUAAGCUGAUACUUUGACAAAACCCAUUGAAAUCUUGAGCCUUUCUCCAUCCCAACACGAUUGGGAUCAGAAACCCUACAAGAAUCUUACCUAACGCAAAGCUUCCUCUCACCAUUCCUUUAGUGUAAGCUACGAUAAUAUGUGGGACAGACAAUCAAUUUCACUAAAAUAUACCAGUCCCAUCCCCAAGGGAACUAACCUGUGACAAUAACCAUUUCCUGAACAAUGACGAAUUUCUCCGGCUUCUCCCUGAUCCACAUUGACCUGAACCCGGCGCUGGAAUACUUGAUCAAGAAUUUCUCCGUCAAGAAUGGAGCAAUAGCAGCCGCCGCGGGGAGCCCUCUGCUCAUCGCCGGCACCAUCUGCAUAGCCUGGGCCUACGGCCACCGGGCGUGGCGAAUGAGAAAAGAACCUCCGGCGGUAGCGGCGCCCGUUUUCACGCGGUCAAUCUCCCUGGGUGCUUUACACGGCGGCAGAGUCGCCCUAGAGAGGCUGCUUGAUUACCACACCAUCCGGGCCGAUGCCGCCGCUCUUGAAGCUGCCGAAGAUGAGUUGCGGGCCCAAAUCGUUGAGCCCAAGCCCCAUUUCAAGAAGCUCCAGAGUGCAGCUGCGAAAUUUGAGAUGAGUGGUAAGGAAGCGGUGGCGAUUGCGAUCUUAGAGAAGGAGCUGGAAAGAGCCAAGUUUUAUAGACGGCCGCACGAGCUUUAUGAAAUCGAGAUGCUGCUCGUUGAACUUUACAUCUACAAGGGAGAUCUCAAGAAAGCUUUAACUUGCGAUUGCUUAACCCACACGGAAAUUUCUGAUGCUCGACGCCCGCUUUACAAGGCCGUCAUUCAUAUCAUGUUGGGAAACAACGUGGAAGCCCGGCGACUAUGGGAAGAAUUUAGGAGCAUUCGGUCGGAAUUUGAGUUCCCGCCGGGUAACGAGGACGAAGUCCGGCUGGUGAAUGAAGUGAUCGAAGAUUUCACCCAGUUUGAGAAAGUGGUGAAGUUGGUCCAGAAGGACAUCCAGGCGGCACAAGCACGAAGAUCCUAGGAGAUCGAACGAUCGAGCUGGGUGUAUGUAUAUAUGCUUUGAUGUUGUUCUUUUCUUUAUCAGUGUGGCGUUCUAUAUAUGUACCUAUUGUCUGGUCUACCCUUUGAUCAUAUGUCUAUCAAAUACUUAACUGGCGUUCUAUAUAUGUACC